UCCGUUUAGGCGGAAGUGUUUUGAAACUGAGCUAGUCAAGAAUUUAGUGUAACAGUACGUGUUUUAAGCGUUUUUACGCAUUUUGUUUAAAACUAAGGACAGUUUGCGAAUAAAGACAAACUGUCUGUAUUAGCUUUAUACAAGAUUAUCACAAACCUUGUGAGGUUUUGUUUCUUGGUUCGGGAUUAGCUGCUUAAACUGGACUUCAUGGACUGGAUUGGCUUCGGCUAUGCUCUGUUUGUGUCAGCAGGAGGAGUCAUAGGUUAUGCUAAAGCAGGCAGCAUCACCUCUCUGGUCGCCGGUAUCAUUUUCGGCUUGGCGGCUUCAGUUGGAGUUUAUCUGACGUCUCAGAAUCCCAGGAAUGUUUGGCUUUCAUUGGGCACAGCGGGAACUUUGGCUGUAGUGAUGGGACUGAGAUUUGUAAACUCCUGGAAGUUCAUGCCGGCUGGUUUGAUGACGUUAGCGAGCGUGCUGAUGCUGACGAAGAUCAUCUUUGGAAUGCUGAAGUCGAGGCAACACAAAUCUUGAACUUGGAUUUAAAUUUUGAAUAUGGAUUGUGAAACAUUUCCAGCUUUAUAGUUUUGUUUUACAGUCUGCUGUGAAAAGUGACUUGGAAUGUGAUAUUUGUUUUGCUUAGAAAUUGUAUAUUCGAUCAUUUUUGCUGUAUAACAAAAUGAAAUCCACUCAAAAUGCAUAAAAACAAGCUGAAUUUAAAUGUCUACUUUAUUUAAACCUGAGAUUGUAUGUAUAAAGUCAUAAUAAUCUUGCCUUUACCAAAUUAUAAAGUGAUUUUAAUCUAAUCUCAAGUGGACAAAAACAGCAUUUUUACUUAAGAAAAAUGACGGCAAAAUAGAAAAACUAUUAAAGAAAAAAUAAGUGGUAACUAACUAAAUGGUAAAACCUCCAGCUUUCCCAGACUUCACAGACAUCCUGGUCUUUUUACAUUUAUUUUAAAAUAUAGAUUUAAAGGCAAACUAUCUUGACACACAUUCAGUAUAUAACAUACACCUGGGUGAAAAAAACUAAAUAAAAAAGCCACCACAUGGACUUAAUAGAUCUGGUUUUGAGUCUAAUUUUAUCCUUUAGUUGUUUUUCAAAUUUUAUUCUCACUUGUGCCUUAUUUUCUUUAUGUGUACCAUUUUUAUUGUGCUAAAUAAAUAAAAAACAAUAAUAACAGAAGAAAACAAAAAGAACAAAACUCAAACUAUGUAAAUAAAGUGUGUAAUGACUAGUCACUAGCAGGAGUUUUUAUUUUAUCAUUUCAAAAAUCUGCUGGUAAUUUAAUGUUUUGUCUCUCUAAAUCCAUCAUUUUCACAAAUCAGAUUAAACAGUACGACUCAAGUAAUGAGUUGCAUUUUCAGCAACUAUUUUCUACUCUCAUCUGUUUCUACAACUGCUUUUGAAUAAAAAUAUAUUGAAACAUU